AUGGGAGACGGGAAUAGCAAUGCUAUUAUUAUAGUCACCGCAGUGUCCCUAGGGGUAUCACUGGUGGCGGUCUGUCUACGAUGUUUUGUUCGGUUGAGAAUCGUGCGCGCGUUCGGCUACGAUGAUGCACUGAUUGUGACGGCGAUGGUGUGUAGUCACGCAUUCCUUUUCUCCAGAUUUCGCACUGACAGCUAUUCGAGGUUCUCAAUGUGGGAUUCGCCGUGUUUCUGGUGGCUGGGCGAGCUCAUCUAUAUCAUCACCGUGACGGUCGGUCGACUAUCCAUUGCUAUCACCUUACUUCGCCUGACAAUCGAGCGCAUCCAUACGUGGAUUCUUUAUGCAGUGAUGGUGCUGUCCACGGCGGUGGGGAUCGUCUUUCUUUUUGUCUCAAUCUUCCAAUGUCAGCCAGUCUCCUACUACUGGAAUCUGCUAUGGAUGGAAGGCCAUUGCCUGGCCAUGGACGCGCGUCUCGGGAUCGUAUACAUGUAUAGCGGGGUGGUGGCGACCUGUGAUUUCACCAUGGGCAUUCUCCCAGUGUUUCUCAUCUGGCGGCUUCAAAUGGAUCUUCGUACGAAAGUCGCCGUAGCGGGGAUUUUAGGAAUUGCCUGCAUAGCCAGCGCUGCAGUCAUCGUGCGCAUCCCCUUUCUCAGUUCGGCAAAGAGUCCAGACUUUCUCCAUGCAACCACACAAAUCUCUAUCUGGUCCAACAUCGAAGCUGGCUUGGGCAUCACCGCUGGCAGUCUUGCAACCGUCCGACCGAUCAUCCGUAUGUGGUCCACGACGACUGCGGCCACUCCCAGCCAGCAUAGUCUGUUCGCCACAUAUCCAAUUACUGGCAAACGUCGCGGGACGGCCGAUAGUCGAGAUGAUGCCAAUAGUCAUUCCACCUACGCCAGUCAUACCACACAACCUCAAUGGCCUCCACAGAUGACUGAUGCUUUUCCAUAG